UAUAUAACAAUAAAUUUAAACACAAUUUUACUGAAGCCAAUUUUGCUUAAGAAAUAGCACUCGGCGUGUUAUUAAAAAUAGUUUAUUAGAUAUUGCAGCAAUAACAUCUGCCAAGAUGAUGACAAAAAUUAAAACGCAGGGCCUUGUGUCCGAUUUGAUGCCGAAUAUUAAAUUGAUGCAGCUGGCUGGACACUUUCUGUUCAAUUAUCAUUCAGAUAACUCUGGCAUGUCAAGUCUUCUUCGUAAGAUCUACUCCAGCGUCCAUGCUAUUUUUAUCGUCGUCCACUACGUCUGCAUGGCUGUUAACAUGGCUAAGUAUUCUGAUGAAGUGAACGAGCUCACUGCUAACACGAUUACCGUUCUCUUCUUCGCCCAUUCCAUCAUCAAGCUAGCUUUCUUUGCCAUCACGUCUAAGAACUUUUAUAGAACCUUGGCGGUGUGGAAUCAAUCAAACAGUCAUCCGCUUUUCAUCGAAUCCGAUGCUAGAUACCACCAACUGGCUCUCACAAAGAUGAGGAGACUUUUGUACUUUAUUUGCGGCAUGACAAUAUUUUCAGUGAUUUGCUGGGUCACCAUAACGUUCUUCGGAGAUUCAGUUCGUUUGUUAAUGGACAAAGAGACAAAUGAAACUCUUACAGAACCAGUCCCCAGGUUACCUCUAAAGGCUUGGUAUCCAUUUGACGCAAUGAGUGGUACCAUGUAUGUCGUCGCGUUUGUUUUUCAAAUUUACUGGCUUCUUUUCUCAAUGGCGAUUGCAAAUCUAAUGGAUGUAAUGUUCUGUUCGUGGUUGAUCUUCGCAUGUGAACAACUGCAACACCUCAAAGCUAUUAUGAAACCUUUGAUGGAACUUAGUGCUUCAUUAGACACUUACAGGCCAAAUACAGCUGAUCUCUUUAAAGUAUCUUCUUCAGAAAAGUCUGAAAAGAUCCCAGACCCUAUUGAUAUGGAUAUUCGAGGAAUUUACUCGACCCAACAAGAUUUCGGUAUGACGCUACGCGGCGCUGGAGGAAGGCUUCAGACUUUUGGACAGCAGAAUCUUAAUAAUCCAAACGGUUUGUCUCAGAAACAGGAGAUGUUAGCGCGUUCAGCGAUUAAAUAUUGGGUCGAAAGACACAAACAUAUCGUAAGAUUAGUAUCUUCAAUUGGAGACACGUACGGUACCGCACUUCUUUUCCAUAUGUUGGUAUCGACUAUUACUUUAACUUUACUGGCUUAUCAAGCUACUAAGGUCGACGGUUUGAAUGUAUAUGCCUUCAGUACUGUUGGUUAUUUGAGUUACACUCUCGGGCAAGUCUUUCAUUUCUGCAUCUUCGGCAACAGACUCAUUGAAGAGAGUUCAUCUGUGAUGGAAGCAGCUUACUCGUGUCAGUGGUACGAUGGCUCGGAGGAGGCUAAGACAUUCGUGCAGAUAGUCUGCCAACAGUGUCAGAAGGCCAUGAGCAUCUCGGGCGCCAAGUUCUUUACGGUUUCUCUGGAUCUGUUUGCUUCUGUACUAGGUGCAGUAGUGACAUACUUCAUGGUUUUAGUGCAACUAAAAUAAAUAUAAAAA